GUACGUGUGGGUUCGGUUGUAAUAGCGGGUUCGUUAGCUGUGCUUCCAAAAAUAACUGCAUGUUGUACGUAUUUCGUAAAAUACAAUAAGCUAACAGCUUAUUAUGCGUUUGUAGAAAUUACUGUGUAACCUUUUUAACAAUCCCUUUGCGUCAAAAGAGAACUGCGCCGAUUUCAAUGUUUCAUCUCGGUGACAGACGCGCCAACGGGCAACGGAUGACUGCAGGGUCGUAACCAGGGGAGACUGGCGUCGGUGACAGACACACACAGGCCAUGUACAGCAGCGCCAGCAGCAGCAGCAGCAUCACGGAGCUGCUCGGCGCUCUGUGUGACACCUGCGUCUCGGGGGUGUCAUGGAAACGGCGGGCGUGGGGGGCCGGCUCCCGGGAGGGGGUCCGCAGGGCCCUGAGAAAGCGCGCCUACGGGGCGCUGCUGUCCAAACUCUUCCAGGAGGGCUCCCCUAAGGGCACCUCAGCCGCCAGCGCUGCUGCCUCCACCCCUCCCAGGAACAAGAUGCUGAUGAUCUCCUUCAACCUGCGGGUGGCGGGGUGCCAGGCGGAGGCGGAGAGGCUGGAGGAGCUGCUCGGCAUGCUGGGAGAGGGGCGGGGCUGCGGCGUGGGGGAGCUGGACUCCGUGCUGGAGCUGCUGGUGCAGCUGGCUGGCUCGGUGCCCCCGCCCCCGGCCUCCUUCAGCAGGGACUACAUGCGCAGGGAGCGGCCGGUGCAGAGGAGGCCGGCGCUGGGCGGGUACCAGAGCGAGGAGCUGCAGCGGCUGGAGGCCCGCGCCUGGGCGCUGGUGUGCGGGGAGGAGUGGGGGGCGCUGGGGGGCCUGCGCGGGACGCUGGGGCUCAUGGAUGCCCCCCCGGGGACGGGACUGCUGGCUCUGGGGCAGCGCUACGAGGCGGAGGAGAGGUUCGAGAAGGAGACCAGGCUGUCGCUGUUCGGGGCCCUCCAGCACACGCGCACCUCGGACCUGGACAUCAGACUGGACCUGCCUCCUGUUCCCAGCAACGCUGAGGUCACAGGCCUGGCGAUACGGGUUCCCCCCUGUCUGGACCAGUCUGAGGACGAGGGCUUCCAGUCGGCCUCGAACCUGACGCCGGACUCGCAGUCGGAGCCCAGCCCCAGCCCGGAGCUGGACGUGUGGGAGGCCCUGCGCAGCUUCCAGCCCGGCCGCCGGCGCUGCUGGGAGAGGGUGGGCUGCCCUCCGGGGAGCAGGGAAGAGCCCUACCUGACGGAGGCGGGCAGGGAGGCCUUCGACCAGCUGUACCGGCUGUGGGAGGGGGAGAUGCGCGUGGUGGGCACGGCGCCCACCUCCCCGCUGCUGCCCCUGCCCCUGGACUCUCAGACCCAGCUGGUGGGGGACCUCCUAAACGUGCUGAUCGGGGUGGCCUCUGCCACGUUCCCCUUAAACCAGGUGAGCAUGCAGUUCGAGGUGCGGCCGGGGGUGUGCGUUUCGGGCGCGUCUCCGGAGAGCGUGUCGCGGCUGCUGGCGGAGCUGGCGCAGUACGGCACUCACUACCUGCGGCUCAGUCGCUUCUCCCUGCACAGCGCUCACCGCAGAGGCCUGGUGUUCCAGGCGUUCACGGGGGGUCUGCGCCGAUACCUGCAUUACUACCGCGCCUGCGUGCUGUCAGCCCCGCCCACUCUCAGCCUGCUCACCAUCGGCUUCCUGUUCCGCAAGCUGGGCCGGCAGCUCAGGUACCUGUCGGAGCUGUGCUGUGUGGAUGGAGUCUCUGGAGUCAGCCAGGCCACUUUCCCUGUGGGUGUGAAGCUGCUCUCCUACCUGUAUAACGAGGCUCAGAGUAACUGCAGUAAUGAGAACUACCCUGUGCUGCUGUCCCUGCUGAAGAGCAGCUGUGAGCCCUACACACGGUUUGUGUCUGACUGGGUUUACAGCGGGGUGUUCAGGGACGUGUACGGAGAGUUCAUGAUCCAGGUCAACGAGGACUACCUCAGCUUCCGAGAUAAGCACUUCUGGACACAGGGAUACACUCUGAUCUCCCGCGAUGUGGAGGAGUGCGUCCCAGUCUUUCUGCGCCACAUCGCUAACGACGUCUACGUCUGCGGGAAGACCAUCAACCUGCUGAAGAUCUGCUGUCCCCAGCACUACAUCUGCUGGUCGGAGCUGGCCGUGCCGCGCAUCGCCGUCACCUUCUCCCUGCAGGAGGUGGAGGAGAUCGAGCGUGACUGUGCCGUGUACCGCGGCCGCAUGGAGAGAAUCGCCAAGCACAGCGCUGUCAGCAGGGAGGAGCAGGCGCUGCGCACUGAGCGGGCUCGGCAGGAGCUGAUCAGUCAGGUCAGAGCUUCCACCGCCAAGACACUGGAGAGCAUCCGAGGGCGGCAGGUGUCCCAGCGGCUGGCCGAGGAGGCCAAGAAGAGGGAGCGCUUUGAGGAGCUGAAGCAGCAGCUGGAGCAGGAGCAGGAGUGGCGCAACGCAGCGAAACGCAAGGAGGAGGAGGACGACUUUGGUUUCGCCCGGGAGCUGCGGGACAGGGAGAAGAGGCUGCAGGCCCUGGAGGAGGAGCUGGAGCGCAGGGCCAGGAAGGAGCUGAUCGCGCAGUACAGCCGGCUGUCGGAGGAGGCUGCUCGCAGGGAGCAGCGCGCCAUGUGGAGGGUGCAGAGGAUGCGGCUGGACGAGGCGCGACAGCACUUCCUGCAGGUCGACCGGCGCCUCACACAGGACCUUCUGGAGAAAUAUCCUUUGGGACAGCAGAGACCACCCACAGACAUCCUGCCCACAGUGGCCAGCAAACCGCAGCCAGCCCAGAGCCCUGAGCGCUGUGAGCGGCAGGAGCAGGAGAAGAUCGAGGACAGCCCGGACACAGACACGCCCCCUGACCCCGCUUUGGGAGACGAAGCCCUGAUCUCAGACGAGCUGGACAUCAAUGACUUCCUCCCGAAACCACGGCGACCCCCGGACAGUCAGCAAGUGGACAGAGCGCUGCAGGACAUAGGCUCAGACCUCCAGGAAGAAGCCCCGGCUGCGCAGAGCCAGGAUUAUGACUUCAGCGCCCCCUACAGUCCUCUGCAGGGAGGCCCACCCAGGCCUCACUGGGGUCCUGUAGUCAAGCCCAACAUCGGGGGUGGCGAGAAUAUGGCGGAGGGUCAGGAAGUCGUAUCGAGUCCCAGCAUGCACCAGGGCCUGCCAGAAGUCAGGAGGAGGAGCCAGGAGGAGCCCUCCAGCGCAGCAGUGCAGCUAGACCAUGGCGGCCCAGCUCCUCAGACAGGGAGUGGGCUGGAGCUGCUGCAGCAGCCAGGGCAGGGUGCAGAUGACCAAGCCGGUCAGCACCAGCCUCCAGAGGAGAAGGGAAGGGCUUCAGCCCAGUCUGUGGAGACACCCAGCCAGGAGGACACUGUGUCUGAGGCUGAGGCAGGGGUCCCUCAGAUCCCAGUGCUGGGGGAGCCCACAUCCUCCAGGCCAGAUGAGGGCGCUGCCAGAGGGACAGACACAGGGGCAGCAGGAGACCAGUGUGCGAAGGCCCCGCCCACGCCAGGGAAGCUGGCCCACCCCUCUGAUGCUGCCAUCAAGGUCGGCAGCUUUGUCUCAGAGGUGGCUGAUCCAGUCCCCACCCCCAGCAUUCACGGCCACGCCUCUGAAGCCCACAUUAGGGUCGGGGAGCAUGUGUCUGAGGUGACAGACCACAUCCCGUCCCCUAGUAUCCACGGUCACGCUUCAGACGCCCACAUUAGAGUCGGGGAGCAUGUGUCUGAGGUGGUCACUCCCUUCCCCUCACCUAGUAUCCACGGUCACGCUUCAGACGCCCACAUUAGAGUCGGGGAGCAUGUGUCUGAGGUGGUCACUCCCCUCCCUUCACCCAGCGUCCAUGGCCACGCCUCCGACGCUAACAUCAGGGUGGGGGGGUUUGUGUCUGAGGUGACCCCCUCCCGCCCGCGCUGGAAUAAGCAUGGCCACUCCUCUGACUGUACGCUGAAAGUGGGGUGUGUGGUGUCGGGCUCUGAGCCCUCACCGUCACCCCUGCCCGGCAGUGCGUACGGCCACUCCUCCGACUCCACCCUGACUAUAGGCUGUGUCGUUUCUGGGACUGAACCAUUCCAGUCUCCCUUACCCGGCAGUGCGUACGGCCACUCCUCCGACUCCACCUUGGGGAUCGGGUGUGUGGUUUUGGGCACAGAGCCUGCCCCUUCCCCCCUGCCUGGCAGUGCUUAUGGCCACUCCUCAGACUCUGGUCUGGGUGCUGGGUGUGUGGUGAUGAGCUCUGAGCAGCUCCCCUCCCCCCUGCCUGGUGGUGCCCUCCCCCCGCAGGGAGAGCCCACUCCUGACGCACCUGCUGUGCCAGGCCAGAGCGCAGAGGGCCCUGAAGCAGGGCCCCACGGUGAGCAGCAGCAGCUGGUGGAGGGGAUCUCUGCCUGGGUGUCGCCGGGAGAGCGCUCUGAGCAGGACUACCUCCUGUCACUGGCAGCACAGUACGAAGUGGAGCAGUACCAGGACUCCUACACGCUCAUGACUCUGGCCCCUGACUCACAGCUGCUGCAGCAGGUGACGCGGGGCCCCUCGGGGCUGCCGGCAGACCUGUCCCUCCGCAGGGCGACCGACACCACGGCCGUGCAGCUAAGCGAGAUGGUGUCUCUGCCCGUGCUGAUGAAGCACUCUGUCACCACCCCGCUCAUCACACAUGUGUCUCUGGUGAAUAAGGCCGUGGUGGAUUACUUCUUUGUGGAGCUGAGGGUGGAGAGCCACUUCGAGGCUCUGAGGCACUUCCUGCUGAUGGAGGAUGGAGAGUUUGCCCAGUCGCUCAGUGACCUGCUGUUUGAGAAGCUGGGCAGCGGGCAGACCCCCGGCGAGCUGCUGACGCCGCUGGUGCUGAACUCCAUCCUGAACAAGGCGCUGCAGUACAGCCUGCACGGGGACAGCGAGCUGGCUGCCAACUUUACCUUCGCCCUGCGCUUCCUCCCCGAAACCUUCCACCCCCUCGCCCCCGACGCCCUCAACUGCCUGGAGCUGCGCUACAAGGUGGACUGGCCGCUCAACAUCAUCAUCACUGACAGCUGCAUGAACAAGUACAACCGGCUCUUCUCCUUCCUGCUGCAGCUCAAGCACAUGGUGUGGACCCUGCGGGACGUCUGGUUCCACCUGAAGAGGGCAGCGCUGGUGAAGGGGGCAGGUGGCUCAGUCCAGUUCCGUCAGCUGCAGCUCUACAGGCACGAGAUGCAGCACUUUGUGAAGGUGAUCCAGGGCUACAUCGCCAACCAGAUCCUGCAGGUGUCCUGGAGCGAGUUCACAAACAAGCUGGGCAGCGCCAGCGACCUGGACGCCAUCCACCACACCCACGCAGACUACCUCAACAGGGCCAUCUUCAGGGGUCUGCUCACAGAGAAGGCUGCUCCUGUCAUGAACAUCAUCCACAGCAUCUUCAGCCUCAUCCUCAAGUUCCGCGCCCAGCUCAUUGCACAUCCCUGGAGCAGCCAGCAGGGGGAGGUGGUGCACCCCAGCUUUGUGGCAUUGCAGCAGUCCUACAACACCUUCAAGUACUACUCCCACUUCCUCUUCAAAGUGGUGACCAAACUGGUCAACAGAGGCUACCAGCCUCACCUUGAAGACUUCCUGCUCCGCAUCAACUUCAACAACUACUACAAAGAGACCUCACCUUGAGAGAACUUCA